AUGGCAAAGUUUUCACAUGGGGGUGUGAUGCUGUCUGUUGCAGUGUGCUCAGGGCUGCAUAGGGAGCCAAACCUACCUGUCAUCCCAGGUCUUCACCAUGUUCCUGAAGCCAUCCAUUCAUCCAAUUUCAAGACGAAAAGCCAAUUUGGGACCAACAAGACCGUUAUGGUCAUUGGAUCGGGUGAGACUGGUGCUGAUAUAGCUUAUCUCGCUGUCAACUCCCCAACGAAGCAGGUUCUCAUGUGUCAUAACGAUGGCUUUCACUUUGCACCGAAGCGAAAUCCUGGGCCGGUUCUGCUCCCCAUCCUUGGUAGGAAACCUGAUCCCAACGAACCAGGUAUCCCCAUCGACUCACUGCUCUGGAUCUGCUCCGGUCUUCCAUAUCGUCCCAAACAGCCAGGUCCAAAUCUAUGGCUCUAUUCUCUACGAUCUGCAAUCGUGCAGACCCCAGUUCCUGAUACGCAUGGAAAACAGGUGGAUCUUGCACCUUUACCCAAGAAGAUCAACAAAGAUGGAAUAGUUGAGUUUUAUGAUAACGGGAAACCAGAGUAUGGGCGGCUCAAGUGUCAAGCCAUUCGACCUGAUAUGAUUGUUCUUUGCACCGGCUACAAACAAACAUUUACUUUUCUUCGAGAGUCACUCCAAGGCGACAAGAAACACCCUUUGUCGCUUCAUGAGGCCAUCCCGCCCUUGGCAGAGAUGCAGGCCCAGCUAUGGGUGCUAAAUCUCGUGUCACCUCACAAAGUCGCUCAACUUAAAGCAGCACAUGAGAGACACUACAAGCUUCACACAAAGUUGACUAAUCGUGUUACGUAUGGGGUUGAUCAUGAAAGCUAUGUCUACCAGCUGGCCUUGGACAUGAACUCUACUCCUGGAUUUGUCGAUAUUCUGCAACGAGAAUCGCUCACCAACCUCGCGACAAAAUUCCACCUUUUGGUCAUAUGGGCUCUCGGCGCCCAUUUCAAUACCAAGUUUCGCCUCAUUGGACCGUGGGCGUAG